AGGGUGUAAGUGGUAGUGCUCCUGGGUUUGUGGUGUCCAGUGCUGGAGGUCGUAAGUCCUUUUCUGGGCAUCCCCUUCCCCCCCUGCACUCCAUCUUGACGUCUUCUGGUCCUGCCGACAUCUGGCCUGUGUGAGGAGCAUCACUUCAUUUGAAGUUACCAAAAUAUUUUUUUAAAGCUGUUGUUUUUAAUCCAGAGAUAACCAGAUGGAGCUAGGCAUGGCAGUACACCCCUGUAGCCUUGGCACAUGGAGCCAAGGAGGAGACAGUAGUGGUGGGAUAGGAGUUCAAGGUCAAUCUCUGCUACACAUGAAGGACCAGCCUGGGCUAUCUCAGACUCAGUGUCAGAAAACCAAUUUUAAAAAUUGUCUAUCUUUAUAAGACCCAGGGCACUGUGAUCCUCAUCUCCAACACGAGUCACUUGUGACCAGAUGGUUUGAAGUCCCCUCUUUUUCCUAUAUGACAUAGUAUUCUUGAUUACAAUCACCAGGACCUAUUUCUCCUUUUGGGCAGGCUAUAAAUGCUGUUUCUCAAUAUGCCGUACUAGCCGCUUACAUGAGUAUUUUCUUCCAGCAAUGGCUAUGGACACACGGUUUAGAAUACUAAGGACUGGCUGGGGUAGAGUGUUUGCCCAACACACAAUAUGUGGCUUCCACCCUUGAAACUGCAAACCAUAGAAAAGAAAGAAUAUUGGGGGGGAGUACAGAUGGUGCUGUGGCUACCCCAUUUUCUUAAAGCUCAAGAACUUGUGUUUCCAGGAAAUUGACUAAGCUAGUGACUAUUUACUAUCACACAGUAAUCUGGAUCUCUGUAUCUUGUCUUGGCUCCAAAGAAUCAAGCCAAAAGGUUGUUAAGGGGACAAUACUACCUUUGAAGGUUGGACAGAACUAAAUCCUUAGUGCUCUUGUACUUAAAAAUGUGUCUAGGGCUUGGGCUCUUUCCUUAUAGUCUGGUUUUAAUGUUGUUCAUGACUAACCUCUGACCUCUAACCUCUGACCUCUAACCUCUGACCUCUGAGCCAAGCAUCUUUGGGAAUUCAGCUGUGCUGGCUUGCAAGACCAACCCACUGAGCUUAUGGCCUGUUAAAACCCCCUGGAUCCCCUAGAAGGAAGGAUGGGGAGGAGAGGGUCACAGGACCCUACCAUUUCAUACCACAUGUGUGCAGUUCUGCUCUGACUGCUGUGCAGAAUGGGUCUGGUUUAUACGGGCUAGUAAGGGUUAGGAGAGGCCUCCAUUAGACACCUAUGAGAAAGCAACGACUCCUGUUGGGUAGAGACUUUCCAGUGGGGCCUUUGGGAGGGAGCACCCACACUCCUGUCUGUAACCCCUUGUCUGUGCUCUGUAAGUAAGAGCAACAAACUCACUGAUUCCCUGGAGUGAACUUUGGUGUCAUCCUCCCAGGAUGUGUCCGUGGGACCUUAGACAUUAUUACAUUUUCCUCAGGAAAGGAAUUUUGGUAACCAUAGCCCAAGCCUCUGACUAGCAAGAUCUGCUGUGUUGUCCCCUUUGCCUUCCGUGGGUUUUGUGUCCAUUGCCUGACCCACUGCAAACUUCCCUUCCUUCUAAGUGUCUUUGGUGCUAGCUCUGGGUAUGUUCUGUCUCUCAGAAACUCAGACACCUUCAUUUUCCCCCUCUGUGACCCUCAGUUUGUUUUACCAUCUUAUAAAAUGCCUUUGUCUGCCAAAGUAGGCACGUCACAAGGAAGGCCUUCACAUCUCUAAUGUUGUCCUGCUUCCCCUCCCAAGUUCUAGAUACUCGCCCUCUCUGAGACAUUCCCUACCUCAGGAGGAGGGAACCACAGAUGAAUGGGCCUUAGCCAGCCUUCCCUCUCUAGCCUACUAGCAACGGCUAGAAUGCCUAUGAGUGAUCUCAUAAAGCAGAGAACCCUGUCCAGGGUCCCUCUCCGCUGCUGCUUAGAAUUCAGGUGCCAAGGAGAUCCUUAGGCAGAGGUGCUUAGCUGUAUAAGAAAAGUGAGGGGUUAAGACAGUUUGGAAAAAUGUCUCAACAUCAUCACCACUACAGUGCUGUCCGAGUCAAAUCCGGCUCGCUGUUCACUACGGCGUCGGAGGCGUUGCAAGCAAAACUCAACAAAUUUAAGAGGAAGGAUAAAGAAUGCCAGGCUUACUUCAGGAAGGUUACCAAGAGUACUCUCUUCCAGGUCGUGAUGAUCGCCACGGUCACUGCCAACUCCUUCUUAAUGGUCUUGGGGACUGAUUAUAAUUUACAUUUCAGGAUGUUUAGAAUCUUUGAGAUCUCAGAGAUUUUCUUUGUUUCCAUCUACACCUGUGAGUUUCUCAUGAAGGUCUAUGUGGACCCUAUUAACUAUUGGAAGGACGGCUAUAACCUCCUGGAUAUGAUCAUUCUCAUUAUCAUCACAAUCCCCUAUAUCCUCCACAAAAUCAAGGGAGAUCAUUCCUUGUACCUCCACUUUGCUGACGGCGUCCAGUCUUUACGAGUCCUCAAGCUCAUCUCCUACAGCAGGGGCAUCAGGACGCUCAUCAUUGCUGUGGGGGAGACGGUCUACACUGUGGCCUCUGUGCUGACACUGCUCUUCCUCCUCAUGUUUGUGUUCGCGAUCCUGGGAUUCUGCCUGUUUGGCAUGACGGAGAGAGGCGACCUGGAAAACUGGGGGAACCUGGCUGCAGCUUUCUUCACUCUCUUCAGUUUGGCCACGGUUGAUGGCUGGACAAACCUGCAGGAGGAGCUGGACAAGCGGAAAUUUACUAUAAGCCGGGCUUUUACCAUCCUCUUCAUCUUGCUUGCCUCCUUCAUCUUCCUCAACAUGUUUGUGGGUGUGAUGAUCAUGCACACGGAGGACUCCAUCAAAAAGUUUGAGCGGGAUCUGACGUUGGAGAGAAACUUGGCGAUUAUGGAGGAGAAGCAGAUAAUCCUGAAACGCCAGCAGGAGGAGGUCAACAGACUGAUGAACACACAGGUAACUGGUGGCAAGAACUUCGUUGAGAUGGUGGAAGACUUCAAGAAGACCCUGCGGCACACAGACCCCAUGGUCCUGGAUGACUUCAGCACGAGCCUCCCUUUCAUCGAUGUCUACUUGUCCACUCUGGAUAACCAGGACACUGUUGUCAGCAAGCUCCAGGUGUUCUACUAUGAGAUUGCGAACGUGCUGAAUCUAAUGCUUGAAGACAUGCCCAAAGAGAGCUCGUCCAGUACCUUGGGAGGAAGUUAGAGGUUGUUAGGAGUGCGUGGCCUCGAAGACUAUGACAGUUCCAUUAAACACAAGCCUUCAGGGGUGGUUUCUCAUGCUUGCUGUAA